CAAAUCAAGCAAAGCACAAAAUGCCACGGUCGAACAAUACUGCCGCCUGAUCUGUAUCUAUAUAAGCAAUAACACUGAGCAACUUAUGGAUUUUGUCUUCGAUGUCUACGACUUCAACCAGGAUGGAGUGAUCAGCUACAAUGAGCUUUAUUACUACCUGAAGCCAUGUGUGCUGUCCUUUGACGAUGAGAUGGAUAUAAGCGAGGCCGUCAAGGAGUUGAUCGAACACGUGGUCAAGAUCUCGGACACUGACGAGAACGGCCACAUUGACAGGCCAGAGUUUAAAGCUCUGGUAAAAAAGAACGGAGUCUACAUACAGUUGUUAGGUCCUUGCAUACCAUCCGGUCACCAGUUCGAAAAGUUCCGCCAUGAAAUGAUGACGUUGUGUGCGUGUGAUGUGCGAAAAAUGUUUGCAAACGAGCGGUUCUCCUCGCUGAACUCUGUCAAGUAUCACGCGGCCUCUUCCUUGUACCCGGUGGUUCUAGAACUUCCAUAAACACCGUCAUUCAACACUUGCACUACCCAGACUCUAAGCUCUAAACUACACUUCAACCUGAUUCCAAACUAAGCUCCAAUCUGAUUCCAACCUACGCUCCACCCAUAUUCUAACCUACACUCCGCCCAUAUUCCAACCUACACUCCGACCAGAUUCCAACCUACACUCCACCCAGAUUCCAACCUACACUCCACCCAGAUUCCAACCUACACUCCACCCAGAUUCCAACCUACACUCCGACCAGAUUCCAACCUACACUCCACCCAGAUUCCAACCUACACUCCGUUCAGAUUCCAACCUACACUCCACCCAAAUUCCAACCUACACCACCCAGAUUCCAACCUACACUCCACCCAGAUUCCAACCUACACUCCGUUCAGAUUCCAACCUACACUCCGCGCAGAUUCUAACCUACACUCCACCCAGAUUCCAACCUACACUCCGCCCAGAUUCCAACCUACACUCCACCCAGAUUCCAACCUACACUCCGCCCAUAUUCCAACCUACACUCCACCCAGAUUCACUACAACAAGGUUCCAGCCAAAUUACCUACUUUUCUGCCAUAUCUAUUGAAGUCUUCUGCUAGCCCCUUCUUAUGAAUGUAGCUGCCACACAACGGCACCUACCAUAUCAACUGUUAACUUCUGUAUUUGAAAAUCUGUCAAAUCUACUACACCUACGAUAGUCAAUAUACAACAAAUCGAAUUUCGCAAGUCUACAAAACUUUCUGGUCGACUUAGUGAUCUUAGCUUGAACAUGAUGGAAAAACUACAUGGACAUUUUUUUUUUCUACAGCAUAGCGUACACCAUCUUUUACUACCCGGCCACGUCUACAUACACACGAUGUAACGGUUUAGCUCUUACCACCAACUGUAGAGAUACACACAUAUACAGAGCUUAUACAUCAAAAGAUACACACAUAUAUAGCGCAUAUAAAUAAAAAAAAAUUGUCAAUAAUCUAGGCGUUAGUACACAAAAUUUAUCGUGAACAUGUAAUUUGGUAUCGAAUCCAGGUAAUAUGAAUCAACCAUCGACUCUAACAUCGUUUAGGUAUCGAACUUGUAUAACCUGGAUUUUAGUCAGGACAACAUGAAUAAGAGCUUGGAUUCUGGCACACUACAUCACAAGUAUAUUCCAUCGGAUGGAAAACAUCAUGUCUUUGCUAAUUCUCCUGACACGUAGUCAAGGUCGAGAACUUGCUACCAUGUUGUUCAAUCAUAAUAAAAUGUUUCAACAUCUACAAUCUUUGUAACAAAUGUGGACUA